AUGGCUCCAACCGUGGUGAUGUCUGUGGCUCCAUCUCAGCCACCGCAGCAGCAGCAAGUUCUUGAGGAUACGACCAUGGCUGAAACUCCAGCCGUUGUCCAGAUUCAAGCAGAACGAGGACAAGAAGAGGAGCAACAAGAGACAAUUGUGAAUGCUGUUGAGGCGGAAGUGGAUGAGGAUCAAAUGGCGUUUGAGGCUGAUCUCGACAACAUCUAA